ACGCCGGCAGCGCAUCGCGCCCCGGGCCGCCCGGAAGCGGCGCCCGAGCAACCGGGCCUCUUCCCUGCCCGCGGACGAGCCGCUCCAGGCGCGCCCCGCUUCCCACGUUGCGCCCGCUCCGGCGGGUCCAAGGUCCGGCCUUUGGCGCUGGCCCGGCAGCCCGUCCGGGGCAUCCUGGGCGCUGUAGUCCUGCGAGGCCGGGCGCCGUCGCCAUGGCCCAGGCGGCGAUCCGGCCGUGCCGCGCCGAGGACUGCCGGCAGGUCGUGCGCCUGAUCCGGGAACUGGCCGAGUUUGAGAACCUGUCUGACCAGGUAAAAAUCAGUGAUCAAGAGUUUUGUGAAGACGGGUUUGGCAAGGACCCCUUCUAUAAAUGCUUGGUGGCCGAGGUACCCCCAGAGUGCUGCAGUCAAGAUGGUCACACAAUCGUUGGCUAUGGCCUUUAUUUCUUCACUUACAGUACAUGGAAAGGGAGGAACGUUUACAUGGAAGAUCUCUACGUUAUGCCAGAAUUUCGGGGAAAAGGAAUCGGGAAGAAGCUCAUGAGCGCAAUUGCUCAGAUCGGCUUGGAGCAGGGCUGCACCCAGAUGCGGUUUGCAGCGCUGGAUUGGAACCGCUCGGCCAUCGCCUUCUACCUCCGCCAAGGGGCCGUGGACCUGACAGCCACGGAGGGCUGGCACUGCUUCCGCUUUGAGGCAGACGCCAUGCAAGGGCUGGUGGUGGGGGAGCCAGGAUCACACCAAGGCUCCACACCCGUUUGAAGGAUGGAGGUGCCGUGAUCUGUGACGUGCCCCUUCCCCAGCUCUCCUCUGGAAGAACCCAGAGGGAGUUGGGGGGGGGGUCAGGGGCGUGGCCUGGUGUCCUGUUGGAGCCCCCGUUUCAGCAAGGCCGUGUGAACUAGCUGUUCGAUAGAAAUUAAAGCACAGAUGAAGAACA